CAUGUCCCCUUUGAUCUCUCGAAUCCUUUUCCGCUCUUCUCUCUUGUCUCUUCAAGCACAUUGUUCUUCUUCCCUAAAUACUAUUAAGUUCAUAAUUUGUUUUUCUUCUUCUAGUUUAAUAUGAGAUUAUUCUCCUAAUUAAUCUUUAAGGUCGAUCACCAUCGCCGGAGGUUUCCAAUCAGGGUUAGGGUUUUUGAGGGCCAGGAGUGGCGCCGGCGAAGGAGAGGAUGUUGAAUAGGAUCAUCAAGCGGGGGGGCCCCAAGCUCCCCAAAACCGACGCCAACGAGACGCCUGCCGUCGUCGUCGGCCACGUCUCCCGCCCCGCCGCGGGCUGUGACACCUCCUCCGUCCCCUCGAUCGAGGCUCUCCCACUCUUCCGUGACGUCCCCGCGGGGGAGCGGCAAUCCCUCUUCAUCCGUAAGCUCCGGUUGUGUGCCGUCGUCUUCGACUUCUCCGACAUGAUCACCCUCCGCUGCGCCCGUGAGCGGGAGGUCAAGCGGCGGUACCUCGCGGAGCUUAUUGACUUCGUCCAGUCCAGCUCCGACCGCCUCGCCGAGCCUGUGCAGGAGGAGCUGGUCCGCACCAUCGCCACCAACAUCUUCCGCUGCCUGCCCCCGGCCGCCCACGAGAACACCGGCUCCGAGGCCGCCGCCGCCGCCGCCGCCGCCGAUCCCGAGGAAGAGAACAUCUUUCUCGACCCCGCCUGGCCCCACCUCCAGCUUGUCUACGAGCUCCUCCUCCGCUACGUCGUCUCCUCCGACACGGACGCCAAGGUCGCCAAGCGCUUCAUCGACCACGCCUUCGUGCUUCGCGUCCUCGACCUCUUCGACUCCGGGGACCCUCGCGAGCGCGAGUACCUCAAGACCAUCCUCCACCGCAUCUACGGCAAGUUCAUGGUCCACCGCCCCUUCAUCCGCAAGGCUAUCAGCAACAUCUUCUACCGGUUCAUCUUCGAGACGGAGCAGCACAGCGGCAUCGGUGAGCUGUUGGAUAUCCUCGGCAGCAUCAUCAACGGGUUCGCACUGCCCAUGAAGGAGGAGCACAAGCUGUUCCUCGUGCGGGUGCUCAUUCCCCUGCACAAGACGAAGCCGGCAGGGGUUUACCACCAUCAGCUCGCCUACUGCACAACGCAGUUCGUGGAGAAGGACUGCAAGCUUGCGUACACUGUGAUCCGAGGGCUGUUGAAGUAUUGGCCAGUGACCAACUGCCAGAAGGAGUUGCUGUUCCUCGGGGAGUUGGAGGAGGUACUGGAGACCACGCAGCCUACAGAGUUCCAGCAGUGUAUGGUUCCGUUGUUCAAGCAGAUCUCCCGCUGCCUCAAUAGCUCUCACUUCCAGCGAGUGAUAUUGCUGCCGUGAUCAGGGGGUUCAAACACAUGGUUUAUGAUCCUGAGGUUUCGGUUGCUGAACGGGCUCUCUAUCUUUGGAACAACGAUCACAUCGUCAGCUUGAUCUCGCAAAACUGCAGUAUCAUUUUGCCAGUCAUAUUCGAAGCACUGGAGAAGAACAUGCAGAGCCACUGGAACCAAGCAAUUCAUGGCCUAACCGCAAAUGUCCGAAAGAUGUUUCAAGACAUGGAUGGUGAUCUUUUUGAGGAUUGCCGACAGCAGUAUAUAGAGAGAGUAGCAAGUGCCAAAACCUUGGAAGAACAACGAGAGCUGGCAUGGAGACAACUAGAAGCUGUAGCUGCAGCCAAAGCUGCUGGAGAAGCAAUCAUUCUUGUCAAUUAGCCUAACUUGCAGCCUCUCUCUCUCUCUCUCUCUCUCU